CCUCCUCCUCCGCCUCCUCGCUUGGCAUCGGACUGGUGUGUGUGUGCGCCGACCUUGUUCCAGCGACGAGCCGCCCGAAAAGCCAGCUGUUUGCAGCGAAUGCAUUUUAUGGCAACAGCCACCGGGGCCGGCACGCAUCUUAAACCCCCCCCUCCCCUCCUCCUCUUCUUCUUCUUCUUUUCGAAGGCCGUGGUUGUAGCAGCCGUUUAUAUAUUUACAUAUAUUUCUCUUUUUUUUUUUUUUUAAACCCCUCAAAAUGAGUCGGGACGUGCUAGGAUAGGGUGCUUGCCCCGCCGUCGCCAGCGAGGCGGACACAUUCCUUCAACCGGCUCGCCGUUGCAAUCACUGCGGGGGUUGGACACCACGUUAGCCGAGGCGUUGCUAGGCAGGAGCUUCUCGGAGAGGCCCCGCCGUCUCUCGACUCGCCCACCCCCUCCCCUCCGUGCGAGCCUCCCGUGAUUUGCCGACAACACCCCGGGUGAAGUCGCAGUUCUCGGCUGGGGGGGACAACUUGACAGCGAGGCCCCUAGCUUGACUCCCCCCUCCCCCAGUCCCGUCCGCCCAGAACGACAGACCACCUCCUCGCUUUGAGAGUCGAAGCGGAGGGAACGAAGGAGGGGGAUUUCGGGAUACAGCUGGAAAAAAAAACCCCGUGUGUCCCGUCUCAACCGGGGCCGCCGCAAAACCAGAGGGGAUGACUCUGGAGUCCAUGAUGGCUUGCUGCCUGAGCGAGGAGGCGAAGGAGUCGAAACGAAUCAAUGCAGAAAUUGACAAACAACUCCGCCGAGACAAGCGCGACUCCAGGAGGGAGCUCAAAUUACUUCUUCUCGGUACCGGAGAAAGUGGCAAGAGCACCUUCAUCAAGCAGAUGAGGAUCAUCCACGGAGCCGGGUACUCAGACGAAGAUAAGAGGGGCUUCAUCCGGCUCGUUUACCAAAACAUUUUCACCUCCAUGCAGGCCAUGAUCCGCGCCACCGAGACCCUGAAGAUCCCCUACAAGUUCGAACAGAAUCGGUCCAACGCCAUGCUCGUGAAGGAAGUGGACAUUGAGAAGAUCAAUGGCUUCGACUAUCACUUCAUCGCAGCCAUCAAAUGCCUGUGGUCCGACCCGGGGAUCCAGGAGGCCUACGACCGCCGCAGAGAGUACCAGCUCUCUGACUCCACCAAAUAUUAUCUUUCCGAUCUGGAUCGUAUUGCAGAUUCCAGCUAUCUCCCCACUCAGCAGGAUGUGCUCAGGGUGCGCAUCCCCACGACGGGAAUCAUAGAGUACCCAUUCGACUUGCAGAGCAUCAUUUUCAGGAUGGUGGAUGUCGGAGGUCAGAGGUCAGAGAGGAGGAAGUGGAUCCACUGCUUCGAGAACGUCACCUCCAUCAUGUUCCUGGUGGCGCUGAGUGAGUACGACCAGGUCCUGGUGGAGUCCGACAACGAGAACCGCAUGGAGGAGAGUAAAGCUCUGUUCAGGACCAUCAUCACCUACCCCUGGUUUCAGAACUCCUCCGUCAUCCUCUUCCUCAACAAGAAGGACCUGCUCGAGGAGAAGAUCUCCUACUCCCACUUGGUGGACUAUUUCCCAGAGUUUGACGGUCCCCAGAGAGAUGCGCAGGCGGCCCGGGAGUUCAUCCUCAAGAUGUUCGUGGACUUGAACCCGGACAGCGAUAAGAUCAUCUACUCCCACUUCACUUGUGCCACGGACACUGAGAACAUCCGCUUUGUGUUUGCGGCCGUCAAAGACACCAUCCUGCAGCUCAAUCUCAAAGAGUACAAUCUGGUGUGAGGUGCCCCGUGUACAACGACGAUGGCACAGCUCCUCCCCCCCCUCCUCCUCCUCCUCCUCCCCAUCGCACAAAUGCACACCUCCUUUUGGGGAGUGUGCGCUUAAGUUUCACAUGCAUUACACAGCACACCAUGCCGGCUCUCUCUCUCUCUCUCUCACACACACACACACACACACAGGCACACUAACAGAAACCUUCCUUUUUUCUUUUUUUUUUUUUUUUUUGCAGUACGUUCACAAAUCCUCCCAAACUCCGCCCCUCCGCUUUCACCAUAGCCCCGCCCCCUUUUUUUUAGGCGUCGCUCGGCACCUUGUUUCGCUCCUCCUGAAGCUGCUCACACACCUUUCACGAGGACUGUCCAGUGACUGAAGGGGACUUUGGUGUGUGUGUGUGUGUGUGUGUGUGUGUGUGUGUGUGUGUGUGUGUGCGCGUGUAUUCGUGGGCAGCGUUGACUAGCGAGGAGCUGCGUGUUGGUGAAUGGCGACAUCGAAACCCCUUCGGUCCCUCCGUAGUCUCUGUCGUGUCCUCGGUGAGUGAACGCUGCGCCUCCCUGACACCAACUAGGAACCAGUGGGUGGCUUCACGGGACAGGAAGUGACGCUUCACGGGACAGGAAGUGACGCUUCACGGGACAGGAAGUGACGCUUCACGCCCCGGACGCAAAAGGGGGGGGGGGCGGGGCUGAGGAUUCUGUCUCCGUCCAGCAUCUAUGAAUGUACAGUGUGAGCGUCACGAUCGCAACAAAACAAAUAUUAUGAAGUAAAUGCAUAAAUAAACACACUUUUAAGUUUUUAAAAAGCACGAGAAGGCAAGACAUAGCUAAUCAAAAAAAUAUGUUAAUUGCUGAGUUUUAAAAAAUGAAAAAAUGUUUUUUUUUUAAUGAUAGAAAUGUGUUGCUACGUCUACUUCUAUUUAACAAAUAAUGGCUAAAAGUUUUGGGGGGAGGGUAAGAAUUGGUAAGAAAUUACAACUUUUAAACAUCAAAAAAAAAAAAAAAGAAGCAACCUGACUUUUUACUUGACAUAAGUAUCUUUAAAGAUGUUUGCGUGUGUUUUCUUUUUAAGUUAAUCUCAUUGCUUCCCUCCUCCAGAUGUGUUCUGUGUGGCUUCACGGGGACCAUCACAGCAUCUGGCUCCACUAAUGCACCCCCAAAACACUAGAGGAUCUCAGAGGGCUCUGCUCUGAUUG